GGAUUUGGCCCCGCCCCCUCCCCUGCCAGCGCUGUGAGGGAGCUGCCGCCGUCGCCGCCGUCCGCGCCAGCCAUGGAGACGCGGCACUGAGGAGGCUCCGGAGGCAGCGGCGCCGCCGGGCGCGGGCGGUGAUGCGGAGCGGGCUCCGCUGUGCGCGCGGCUCUCAGUAGCGGCGGCCGACCUCCGUCGUCGUCCUCGCCCCCCGGGGCAGCCCCGAGCGCAGGCUUCCGCGGGGCACGAGCUGGGGCCGCCCCCUUGGAGCGAGACCAAGAGGACCACCCUGCCUGACGGGACACAGGAUUAUGAGGGUAUGGGCAACCCAUACGUCUAUACUUGGCAAAGACCUUGUAAGGGAACAUCUUGAGAGGCUAGACAUCCAAAAAUCAGCGGGUUGAGAUGAAAUGCACCCAAGAGUGCUAAAAGAGUUGGCUGACAUCUUAGUUUGGCUGUUGGUGUGGAUAUUUGAGAACUUGUGGCGCUUGGGUGAGGUUCCUGAACACUGGAAGAGGACAAAUGUAGUGCCUGUCUUCAAGAAAGGAAGAUCCAGGGAACUACAGGCCAAUCAGUUUGACCUCGAUUGGUGGACAGAUCUUUGAGAAAAUUAUCAAAGAAUCCAUCAAUAACAGGCUGACAGAAGGCUCCAUUCUGAGAGACAGCCAACACGGCUUUGUUACAGGGCAGCCUAAAAGGCUUGUGGAUGGAAAUCUCUUCUUUCACAUCUUCUGCACUGAUGUCAGAGCAGCCUAGUCCAGUCUGCCAUUUUAUGGUUCCUGCCACCAGCUCUCUACAACAGUGCAACAUUCCAGUUUUUAAUACCUACCACUGCCUGUGUUAGUGGACCAUCCAAAUGGCUGUAAACCUGCAGAAAAGAUACAGAACGUGGUCUCAAACUGGAUUGGAGCAGUCUUGUUGACUUUUUUCUAUUUAUGUUUUUUUAUUCUUGUAUUUGACUUAAAGUGCCAUGAGAAAAUUUGCAUAUUGCAAGGUGGUCCUUGCCACCUCAUUGGUUUGGGUCCUUCUGGAUAUGUUUCUACUGCUUUACUUCAGUGAAUGCAACAAAUGUGAUGAGAAAAAAGAGCGAGGACUACCUGCUGGAGAUGUUCCAGAACCAAUACAAAAACCCCAUGAAGGUCCAGGAGAAAUGGGAAAGCCUGUUGUCAUUCCUAAAGAGGAUCAAGAAAAAAUGAAAGAAAUGUUUAAAAUAAAUCAGUUUAAUUUAAUGGCAAGUGAAAUGAUUGCACUGAACAGAUCUUUACCUGAUGUCAGGUUAGAAGGGUGUAAAACAAAGGUAUAUCUGGACAACCUUCCUACUACAAGUGUUGUUAUUGUGUUUCACAAUGAAGCCUGGAGCACACUGUUACGAACUGUUCAUAGUGUGAUAAACCGGUCACCACAGCACAUGUUGGAAGAAAUCGUACUUGUAGAUGAUGCCAGUGAAAGAGAUUUCUUGAAGAGACCACUGGAAAAUUACGUGAAAAAGUUAAAAGUUCCAGUUCAUGUGAUUCGAAUGGAGCAGCGUUCUGGAUUGAUCAGAGCCAGAUUAAAGGGGGCUGCUGUUUCCAAAGGCCAGGUUAUUACCUUCUUAGAUGCUCACUGUGAAUGUACUGUAGGAUGGCUUGAACCUCUCUUGGCACGGAUUAAAGCUGACCGGAGAACUGUAGUGUGUCCCAUCAUUGAUGUAAUUAGUGAUGACACCUUUGAAUAUAUGGCAGGCUCUGAUAUGACCUAUGGUGGGUUCAACUGGAAAUUGAAUUUCCGCUGGUAUCCUGUUCCUCAGAGAGAGAUGGACCGAAGGAAAGGUGAUCGGACCCUUCCUGUCAGGACACCAACAAUGGCAGGAGGCCUUUUUUCAAUAGACAGGGAUUACUUCCAAGAAAUUGGAACAUAUGAUGCUGGAAUGGACAUUUGGGGUGGAGAGAAUCUAGAAAUUUCCUUCAGGAUUUGGCAGUGUGGGGGCACUUUGGAAAUUGUAACCUGCUCACAUGUUGGACAUGUAUUCCGAAAAGCCACUCCUUAUACUUUUCCAGGAGGCACAGGGCAGAUUAUUAACAAAAAUAAUAGGCGGCUUGCAGAAGUCUGGAUGGAUGAGUUCAAGAAUUUCUUUUACAUAAUUUCCCCGGGUGUUACAAAAGUUGAUUAUGGAGACAUAUCAUCACGACUUGGGCUAAGACGCAAGCUUCAGUGCAAGCCUUUUUCUUGGUACCUAGAGAAUGUUUAUCCUGAUUCCCAAAUUCCACGCCAUUAUUUCUCUUUGGGAGAGAUAAGAAAUGUGGAAACAAAUCAAUGCCUGGAUAACAUGGCAAGAAAGGAAAAUGAAAAAGUUGGAAUUUUUAACUGUCAUGGAAUGGGUGGCAAUCAGGUUUUCUCAUAUACAGCCAACAAAGAAAUUCGAACAGAUGAUUUAUGUUUGGAUGUCUCCAAACUUAAUGGUCCAGUAACAAUGCUCAAGUGCCACCAUCUAAAAGGCAAUCAGCUUUGGGAAUAUGAUCCAGUGAAAUUAACCCUGUUGCAUGUGAACAGUAACCAGUGCCUAGACAAAGCCACUGAAGAAGACAGCCAGGUACCCAGCAUUAGAGACUGCAAUGGCAGCCGCUCACAGCAGUGGCUUCUUCGCAACGUUACGCUUCCAGAAAUAUUCUAAGAGGUUUUAAAAAGAAGAAUAAGAUUGACUGGGCUACCUCGGCAAAUAUUCUGGCUACGUCCUCAAGUAGCGGAAAAAGGGGGAGAUUUCUGUUCUGCAGGAUGCAAGGUUCAUCAACUGUUAGAACUCCAGCUUCUGUAGCUCUUCAGUUGCUGUGAACCAGCCUUUCCUGUGUAAGAACACAAAACAACCAUGCAUACUAGUGAAACUGCACCCGCUGAUGUUUACAAGAUUUGAAAAAGUUUCUUCCAUCAGCGAAUCAUUCUAGAGAAUGUUUAGACAAUGGAAACAUAAUCGGUGCUCUCUGGAGAUUUGCAUAUCGUUGUAGUUUGCUUGCACAUCAGUAACCUUUGCUGAAAGUGCUGUUGUAAUGAAGAGAUUUCCAAGCAUUUUUUCUCCUGGUUAGUACUGGUAACCAGCCUAUCAAAUAUAGAUUAAGAAAAGAAAGUAAAUGGAACAGAGAGCUGGACAUCAGAUUCACUAUUACGAAAUAAGAUUUUUACAGUCAGAAACAUGUAAAACAGGGUUUAAUGGAAACUAAAUCAGAACUAUGAAAAGUACAAUUUCUUAAAGUAUCAAAUUUAUAUGUAGAUUUUAUACCUCAGUGGGGGCAAAAAUAACAAAGUCAAAUGACAAUUCUUUCUGUUUUCGGUUAUGUGACAGUCCAUGGAUAUUUUUUCCCGGUGGGUCUGAAAUUAUUUUGGGUGCAGGCAAAAUGAACUUAAAUAAAUUUGGUUCUUUGAACGUUG